AUGGUCAGAUCGUUGGAGCUUUGUCUCCUAAGCGUGUUGAUGGGUAUUACCUCAUUCAUAGCUGGUAUGGCACCUUUGAAACUACCUUUAUCAACCGCACACUUGAAUCUAGUUUCAAUGUUGAGUAUGGGUAUGUUGAUUGGUACAUCUUUAGUGAUUGUGAUUCCCGAAGGGAUUGAGACAUUGUAUGAUUCAAUAAAAGACCACGAAGAAGCCCCGAUUCCCCGUUACAUAGGGAUUUCGUUAAUCUUAGGUUUCAUGACUAUGUUUAUAAUUGACAAUUGCUCAUCUAUUCUUGAAAAUUUCAAUAUAAAUUACAAUUUGUCUUCUGACAAGGUGAAUUUCGAAUCUAUUCUUGAAAAAGUCAAAUCAAUUUUCAAAUCUCCUUUAACUUUGGGGUUAAUAUUACAUUCUGCAGUUGAUGGUAUUUCCUUGGGGUCAUCUUUUAGUAAAGAAGAUACCUCUCUUGGAAUAAUUUUUUUUGUGAUGAUAAUCAUUCAUAAAUUACCCACCGCAUUUAGUUUGGCGACUUUACUAUUCAAGGAAGGGCUACCACAGUCUUUACUUCAGCUACAUCUUGCAGUGUUCUCCUUGAUUACUCCAGUGACAUCCGUGGUUACUUAUUUCAUAUUACUAGCAUUGGAUAUGGAUAAUGAAUUUACGAUCAGUAUCAUGCUUUUGUAUAGCGGAGGAACGUUUAUCUAUAUUGUCACACAUGUUAUGUUAGAAAUUCUUACUGGAGAAAGAGAAAACCAGUAUAGACCACCCCAAUCAAGCGAUAGCGAUUCCACUAUUCAUGAGCACGCCAAAAUAACGGGAUCUGAACUAGGUAUAUCUCUUUUAGGUAUGCUUGUUCCUAUAUUUAUGAGUUUUCUAGGGGGUCAUCAUUAA